AUGGAGAACUUAUCCAUCAUAGUCAGUUUUGAGCUGACCCUGGAUCCAUUUUCUAUCUCUUCAGGAACAAAAUACCCCAUAUUUUUCUUUGGCAUCUUAAUUUAUGUGUUUGGUACUUUUUGCAAUCUGACCCUUUUGCUCCUCGUAAUUCUGAGACAGAGUCUCCACAAGCCAGUUUACUUCAUUUUGUUAAACCUCCCUCUAAAUGAUUUAUUGGGAAUCACAUUCAUGCUUCCCAAGGCUCUAUAUGACAUUGUGACGGAAACCAAUUACACAUACUAUCCUCUCUGUGUGCUCCAGGGUUUUCUGCUCCACAUGUAUGGGAAUGCUGUUUUGUUCAUCCUGUCUGCCAUGGCUUUUGAUCGCUAUAUUGCUAUUUGUAUGCCUCUGCGAUAUAAUGCUCUAAUGACACCCAGAGUUGUUAUGAUGAUUUUGGCUCUUGUGUGGGGGGUUGACUUUUUAUUAAUUUUCACACUGUUUUCCUUGCAGGGAAUGCAUUCAAGAUGUAGAUCCCAUAUUGUGAGUAUAUUUUGUGAUAACCUUUCUCUUGUUAAGCUGGCCUGUGGUAAUACUUCAGUUAACACCUUUUUUGGCUUUUUUGUAAUAGCCGUAAUGCAGAUUAUUAGUAUUUCCAUUCAAGUAUUUUCCUAUGUGAAGAUUUUGAUUACCUGCUUAGUUACAAGUAAGUCUGACACAAAGAGCAAGGCCAUCAACACUUGCGUCGCUCAACUGGUUAUUUUCUUCACGUUUGAGGUUGUCGGGACUUUCUACGUCCUGUCCCACAGGUUUGCAGAUGUUAAUGCAAAUCUACAGAAAAUUAUGGGGAUACUCAUUUUUUUGGUGCCUCCUGUUUUGAAUCCAAUUGUUUAUGGAAUGAACAGCCACGAACUACGAAAACACUUCCUUAAAAUCUUACACAGAAAAAUCUCUGUUUAA